AUGAUUGGGCACAGUAGCCCUCUCAUAACCCAUGUUUGCGGGCUGCAAAAGCAGAAACCCGCCUCCUUGGAAAAAGUUCCCUUCGCAUCACCUCGACCACCCACAACACCUGCAAGGUACUCAUCAGAUCGCACAUUGCCCGACAAUCAGCUAUUUUGCGCCGCAUUCUGUGUUUAUCUUCACAGUCUUGGAGACCAUAUCCAUCAAAGUGACAAAGAAGAUAGCCGUGCGAACUGGACAGAAUGA